GAGUUAGAGUACAGAAAGAGAGAGCAGUUUUUGAUUCGCAUUGACAAGGACAGUAUAGAAGAACAAAACAAAAUGACAGAGCCCCAGAACCUAGAUCCAGCAAAACGGUACCGGAGGCAGGAUUGGCCUGGAGAGCUGUAUGAAAAUGGCUCAUUUUAUUUUGCCAAGAGACAUUUGAUUGAGAGAGGCUACUUGCAGGGUGGUAAAAUGGCCUACUAUGAAAUGCGUGCAGAGCACAGUGUGGAUAUUGAUAUAGACAUUGAUUGGCCUAUUGCAGAGCAGAGAGUAUUGAGCUUUGGAUAUUUUGGCAAAGAGCCAUUAAAAGAAGUGAAGCUGUUGGUUUGCAGUAUUGAUGGAUGCCUGACGAAUGGUCGCAUUUAUGUGACAGAAGAUCAGAAGGAAAUGGUCUCCUAUGAUUACAGAGAUAUUGUUGGUAUCGAUCUAUUAAAGAAAAGAGGAAUCCAAGUUCGGCUUAUCUCUGAAAGAGAUUGUUCAAAAACACUGUCAGCCAUGCAGCUGGGAUGUAUAGCAAAAGUUAGUGCUACAAAUAAAUUGCAAGUCCUGGAAGACUGGCAAAAAGACAUGGGUUUGAGCUGGAAAGAAAUUGCUUACUUAGGAAAUGAAGAAUCUGAUAUGGAAUGCCUGAAGAAAGCUGGCAUGAGUGGGGUGCCUGCUGAUGCAUGUACCAUUGCUCAGAAGGCUGCUGCUUAUAUUUGUAAAAGCAACGGUGGCUGUGGAGCUGUCCGGGAGUUUGCAGAACACAUAUUCCUGUUGUUAGAAAAAGUGAACUCUGCAAGAAAGUCAGCAGGAAAGGAAACGGGGAAAUGAAAACACCAGGAGAGGAAAUAAGGAACUAAUGAAAAGAGA